AUGGGCUAUCUUGAUAUCGCUCGCAGUAAGCGAGAGCAGCGACAACAGCGGAYCCCAAAGGAGUGGUUGCUGAAACAAGAGUUUUUGGAAACUUCGGAUUUACUCGCUGUCCCUAGACAGUGUGGAAUUCUCACGAACCGGGAGCUGGAAAUCACCGAACAUUACGAUGCCGUGGGAAUCGUCAAACAUAUCAGCACCGGCACUUACUCUGCGAGAGAAGUCACCGUGGCGUUUUGCAAACGUGCGGCAAUCGCUCAGCAAUUGACGAAUUGUCUCACAGAAAUCUUCUUCCAAGAUGCCAUUCAACACGCCGAAGAACUGGACAGAGAGCGAGCCUCCCACCCAAACCGCAUCUUGGGACCUCUACAUGGCCUCCCAAUCUCCCUAAAAGACAGCUUCAAAAUCCCAGGCUACGACUCAGUCAUCGGACUGACUUGCUUCGCCAACAAGCCGGAUAAGACCUACUCACCUCUCGCCAGGCUCCUUCUCGACCUCGGAGCCGUACUGUACUGCAAGACGAAUGUCCCCCAGACAAUGAUGACCGCCGACUCGGACAAUAACGUUUUCGGCCGCACCCUCAACCCGGCCAAUCCCAAUCUCACAGCCGGCGGGUCAUCCGGGGGCGAAGGGGCUCUCAUUGCCAUGCGCGGGAGCAUUCUCGGCGUCGGGACGGAUAUUGCAGGGAGUGUACGAAUUCCAAGCCUUUGCAAUGGAAUCUAUUGUCUACGCGCCAGUGAUGGAUUGGUACCAUAUUCCGGACAAAAGAGUCCCGCGGCGCCUGGUACGGAUGGGAUUGCUCCCGUGGCGGGACCCAUGGCGACUUCUUUGCUGGCUUGUGAUUUUUUCAUCAAAACUUUGGGUGCUGCUGAGGCGUGGAAGUAUGAUGCUGCUUGUUCUAUCAUACCUCCUCGUCAAUUGGAGAGUCCUCCCAAGGAGAAGAGAGCAACAAGGAUCGGCGUGGCUUUUGAUGAUGGAAUGUUUACUUGUUGGCCUCCGGUUCGACGUACCAUGCGAGAAACUGUUGCUACAUUGCGCUCUAAUAAUGGGAUUGAUGUGGUUGAGUUGAAGAUGCCUGAUAUUCGAGAGGCGAUUUCUAUGAUCUAUCAAAUGUACUCUCUCGAUGGAUGCAAGUAUGUCGAGAAUCUGAUCAAACAAGGCGAAGAGCCCGAAGUCGAGUCCGUGAAGCGCACCAAUCUGGCAGCAAUUCCCUCAUCUACAUUAGAUGACUUUUUCAAACUCAACGCCAUACGAUCCCGAGUCAAGAGUGAAUUUCAGGAAUUCUGGUUGACUAAUGACCUGGAUGCACUUCUCUAUCCGCCGGCUCCCACGACUGCUACGCCCUUGGAUGACUGGAAGUGUAUUACUUAUACCAUGCUCUGGAAUAUGCUCGAUUAUCCUGCCGUCAUCAUUCCCACUGGCAAGGUGUCUAGCACCGACAAGGCCGAUGCUCGCGAAACUGCAAAGUUUGGUCCUGAGGAUGAGGAGAAUUAUCAAAUUUAUACUGGACCCGAAGAUUUCAAAAAUGCCCCGCUUGCCGUACAAUUGGUGGGCAUGCGACAACAAGACGACCUUCUAAUGAGCGUCGCGAAAAUUGUGGACGAUGCAUUACAUCCUGUUCGAGACUCCGCUAGACUAUAG